CCCCCGGCCCCCACCGCUCCUUUCGCCGUCGGGACGCGCCUCUUGGGGGCCGGGGCCCGGAUCCUCGCUCCGCCUCCCUCAGCCCGCCUGCGCUGCGCUGCCGCUCGGGACCAUGACUUCCGAGGUGGCUCGGCACCAGGAACAUUGGUUGUAUCUGUCUCACCAGGCCCUCUCUCAGGAGUUUGAGUGAUUUUAGACUGGACCAGGUUCUUCUGCCUUUUCAUGACCAUAGAAGUCAUUGACGCCUCAUGUGCCAACAAAAACAGCUUGUAUGUCCUCACCAGUGUCUGAUGAUGAACAGAGACAAAAAGAAAAUGUUCGUUCUUUAAUUAUGUCUGGCCAUGUUGGUUUUGAGAAUUUGCCUGAUCAGCUGGUGAACAGAUCCAUUCAGCAAGGCUUCUGUUUUAAUAUUCUCUGUGUGGGGGAGACUGGAAUUGGAAAAUCAACACUGAUGGACACAAUGUUUAAUACUAAUUUUGAAGACCAGGAAUCCUCACAUUUUUACUCAAACGUUAGACUAGAGGCUCAGACAUAUGACCUCCAGGAAAGUAAUGUUCAACUGACACUGACCAUUGUGAAUACAGUAGGAUUUGGUGACCAAAUAAACAAAGAAGACAGCUACCAACCAAUAGUUGACUACAUAGAUGCUCAAUUUGAGGCUUAUCUCCAAGAGGAACUGAAGAUUAAACGCUCUCUCUUUAACUACCAUGAUUCUCGCAUCCACGUGUGCCUGUACUUCAUCUCACCCACGGGCCACUCUCUGAAGACACUGGACCUCUUAACCAUGAAGAGCCUUGACAGCAGGGUGAACAUUAUACCAGUGAUUGCCAAAGCUGAUGCAAUUUCUAAAACUGAAUUACAGAAGUUUAAGAUCAAGCUCAUGAGUGAAUUGGUCAGUAAUGCUGUCCAGAUAUACCAGUUCCCAACAGAUGAUGAAAGUAUUGCUAAAAUCAAUGCUGCAAUGAAUGGACACUUGCCCUUUGCCGUAGUGGGAAGUAUGGAUGAGGUCAAAGUUGGAAAUAAGAUGGUCAAAGCUCGCCAGUACCCCUGGGGUAUUGUUCAAGUGGAGAAUGAGGCGCACUGCGACUUUGUGAAGCUGCGGGAGAUGCUCCUCUGCACCAACCUGGAGGACCUGCGGGAGCAGACGCACAUGCGCCACUACGAGCUGUACCGGCGCCGCAAGCUAGGCGCCAUGGGCUUUGCCGAUGUGGGCCCCGGGAAGCAGCCGCGCAGUCUUCAAGACACCUACCAAGCCAAAAGACGUGAAUUUCAAGGAGAACGUCAGCGGAAGGAGGAGGAGAUGAAGCAGGUGUUUGUCCAGCGAGUGAAGGAGAAAGAAGCCAUAUUGAGAGAAGCUGAGAGAGAGCUACAGGCCAAAUUCGAGCAUCUUAAGAGAAUUCACCAAGAAGAGAGAAUGAAGCUUGAAGAAAAGAGAAGACUUUUGGAAGAAGAAAUCAUCACUUUCUCUAAAACGAAAGCUACGUCUGAGAUAUACCAGAGUCAGACUUACACAGCGUCAGGUGGCAACCUGAAGGACAAGGACCGUAAGAACUCCAAUUUUAUAUAAAACUAAGGUUCCAGAUCACAGAAGGUCAUCACAACCAAAAGUUAUUAAAAUGUUAGAAGUAUG